GCCAGCGCUUCACAGAUGACGAAGGCGUCUUUGAUCCUUCAGACACGGACAGGGUGCGGCAUACGAAGAUUGGUGUCUGGGAUUUGUACGAACAGAUCGAACCGCGUGGUGCUGACUUGGUGCCCUCGUCGGUCAAGGCGAGACUUCAGACAUACUACGAGAUGACGGGUAGCUUUCCCUAUGUGUGGAGGAUGUUGAAGGAGAUUUCGUCUAUCAAAGGGUGUUGGUAUCUUCUUGCUGCAUACCUCGUUACGACACUUAUUCUUUCCCUGAUUCCCGCUGUCGAAUUAUGGUAUUCUGGUCUACUUCUGAACAUCGUUCAAGAAGCCGUUCAAAACAGGACAGUUGACAAAGCAGUGCUCAUCAGAGUCGCUCUCAGCCGGCUCAUCUGUGCUGCCGCAACCCGUCUGCUUCAUUUCAUUCAAUCUCAACUCUCGAGACCGCUCAAUGGCCGCAUCCGACGCUAUUAUUCCGUGCAGAGCUUCCGCGCGCGCGCACGCCUAGACGUACCGACAUAUGCUGACGCGGCUGUGCAGCGCCAGUUGGAAAACAGCACGACCAGUUCCCGAACCAGCGUCGCAUGGAAUGGGGUGCUGUCCAUGCUUCACCUCUUCUCGACAGCGCUCGAACUCGUGUCCCAAUUCUCCGUUCUGUUGACUAUGCUGCGCGACCAGCGCGACGGUGUUUUGCUCGCGUUUCUGAGCUUUGGGGACACCCUGUUCCGAAAAAAGGCCAAUCAGCGGUUUUGGUCGCCUGUGGGCGUCUGGGCGGCAACGACGAAAGAUCCGGAUUACAUCAAGUUGGCAGGAUUAUCAAACCUCGUCUUCGAUAUGCAACACAGGAAGGAAAUCGUCGCUGGUGGAAUCGGAAACUAUCUCUCCGAAAGUUAUAAAAUCGCCACGCAAAGACUGGGAGACAGUGCCACUGAUUUCAUGCAGACAUUCCAGAACUAUCAUUACAACAACCGUAUCAGUCUGGCUGGCUUUCUCUCAGAUCCUUUGCGGGAAUUACCCCAAAUUGUAUUUACACUACGGGCCGUUCAACAUCCCUCGGAUAUUCCGCUCUCGCUAGCGUCGCUGAAUCUAAUCACACACACCACAUCAAAAUUCUCCCGCACCCUGUUCGACUUGUUUGACGAGUCUGGCUCCGUUGCGGAAAACCUCGCCAGCAUCCGCAGGAUGUAUGAAACAUACACGAUUCCGAACCAGAUCUCCAAUGGUCAAAGCUCGUUCCCCGAGGAUCAACAGAGCCUCAAGUCGGGAAUCUCGGUCGAAUUCAAAAAUGUGUCAUUCCGAUAUCCGGGAAGCCCACAGGCGGUUUUGAAUGAUGUUUCGUUCAAGAUCCUUCGCGGACAAUUAUGUGUGAUCGUCGGGGCGAACGGUUCGGGCAAGAGCACGAUAUUGAAGCUGAUAUCCCGCUUGUACGAUCCUACGGAGGGUUCGAUCCUCAUCAACGAGCAAGACAUCCGGACGUUCAAGCUGGACGACCUGCGUCGGGCUACCUCUGUCCUGUUCCAAGAUUACACACAUUUUCCCCUAUCGAUCCGUGAUAACAUCGCGCUUGGAGAUCCAGAGCACGCCGAAGAUAGCGACCGAGUGGAGGAAGCUGCACGAAUGGGCGGUGCGACUCAAUUCAUCGAACGUCUCGACGAGGGAUUCGACACGUAUCUCAAACGUCCGGUCGGUGAUGUGUACUCGUCUCUGCCGCUGGGCACGAAAACCCUCUUCGGCCGCUCUGUUGAAUAUCGAUCCAUUCGCGGCGCCGGUGGGAUAAGCAGCCAUGAGCAGGGGCUUUCGGGCGGGCAGAUGCAGAGAAUAGCUUUAUCACGAACCUUCAUGCGAGACGAUGGAGUUGGUUUGCUAUGUUUCGACGAGCCGUCUGCCAGUCUGGAUCCGACUGCUGAACACGAUUUAUUCGAACGACUAAGAAUGCUGAGAGGAAACAAGACUAUGAUUUUCUCGUCCCAUCGCUUCGGGAACCUCACGCGACACGCUGAUCUUAUCCUGUACAUGGACGAUUCUGUUAUUUUGGAGUCAGGAACACACGACCAACUUAUUAGAGCAGGCGGCGGAUACGCGAAAAUAUGGAACCUGCAAGCACAGGCCUUUUUGUGAUUGCAUCUAAUGAUGUGGUCGGAUCUUAUUGGUAGAAUCGGUUCCUGUGCCUACUCCAUAUUCAUACACGACCUCUGAUGAUUUACGAUCCGGGAAGUCGAGCGAAACUUCGCAGGAGACCGCGAUGAGGAGCAGGCUUCUCCAGGAACAUCAGGUCGCUGGCAAGCCUUCUCCGUAGCUCCGGACCGGGGUAAAUUGUGGUGCGAUCUACUCGCGUGCUGCUCAAUCGCUUGGCGUAUAGAAGGCCGAAGCCCGAUAUCAUGGCUGUCC